AGGAGAGGUAAAAUGUUGAAAAUACAUGUAAAGGUAUGUUUGGCGCUUGUGUUGGCUGUAGCUUUUGAAUUGGAAGCGAAGAUGUCAAAGAGGAGCUUCUCCGACCAGUCUAUUAAGGGAUAUUUAACUGAAAUCCCAUACAGCACAAAGACGUACAAAGGACGUCCAUAUAACGUUAAUUUUUGUACUUGUGGACGUACAUUAAACGUCCAUCGACAUGCAUCGGACGUCCUACGGAUGUCCAUUUGUCACAGUUUUGGACGUCCAUUAGAUGUUACUUACGGACGUACAUUUAAUAGGACCUGUUGGUGGAACGAAGUAUGCAAAGAGGAAUUCCAGAGCCAAUUCAAGUGUAAAUGCCCCGAGUGGUCUUUCUGCAGGGCCCCUGGUCGCUACUACAACGCUUUUUGCUCGAUGACUGCCACCGGUUACAUUUGGGAACAGCCAGCCAUUAAUGGACCACAAUAACACGCAAAAACACAAUAAAAAACGACCAGGAUCACAGACAAAUAAAAAAACACACCAAGAAUUUAUUUCACUUUGUUUUGACACUUAACUGUCAGAAUUUAACAUUUGACAGUUAAACUGUCAAAGUAUGUUAUGGCUAAAGUUGAAACUGGUCGAUCUGUUAUUUUUUUAUGAUUAGGGAUCAACAAAAAAAAAAUAAGAAUAAAAAUCUCACGAUUUAUUUACAAAUAUUUUGUAUAUUAUAUUUACAUAUGAAUCAUUUAAGUGCACUUGUUUGC